AUGGCAGUCGGUACCCGCCGGCCACCGGUGCCUUCGGGGGAAGCGCUUCCCGGAGGACCCGGAGGCGCGAGGGGAGGCGGAUGGGGGGCCGGCGAGGGGCCCCGGGCACGGGGUGGGAGGCGGGGGGCGCCGGCGGGGAGCGCGGGGCGCUCGGCGCCUCGGCCUCUGCCUUCCCCGCCCCCGGGGCGCCCCGGGACCGCCGCCCGCCUGCACUGGGAGCUUUGUUCUUUUCCCUCCAACUACCUGUCUGAGCAGCGGGUCGGCGGGGGCCCCAAGAAAGGGCCGUCUCUCCUGGAGGGUCUCCCCAUCAGCAUCCGAGGGGCGCUCUGGGUGAGAGAGGGGGCAGUGCCCGCGUCUCCAGCCCGCCCGCCCUCCCUCCUUUCCUCCCUCUCCCCUUUCCUCUUUUGUUGCCUCUACUCUCGGACACGACACAGCCUUGGCUGUUUCUCCCCCUCCCGCUUGGGAGUUUGCAGUGUGGACGCACAGCGAGCACAGAUCCACAUGGGACCGUAUCUGCACUUAACCUCCACGGAACGGAGUUACACAAGCAGCUGCCGUGUGUGAACUGUGGCAUCCGUGUGGCAGAGGACCAGUGUCACUCACGAAAGCCUGCUGUGUCCAGGAGAACGGAGACCCUUUCUCUGUGGCUGCUUUCCUCACUUUGCGGUUCACCGGGACCCUUUAAUUUCACUUUGCUGGAGAACCCAGCUUUCAAACUCACACCACUCUACAGUCAAAUUCGAAGUCUGUGAAAACACGACCAAGAGAACAUUCGUUGGCCUGAAGGUUUGAGGAUAUCACAGGAAGGCCUCUCAAGCCCUCUUCUGGCAUCUCGAGAGCAGAAGAAGGAACCUGUGAUCCCAAGGCUGGACACGGGACAUAAAAUUCCUCCUCUUUCCUUCCUGCUCCUUCACCCUCCUCGGACACCUGCCAGUAAGAGGCAACAUGACAGACUAAAGCGUGACAAAAGAAAGCCAUAAGCUAAGCAAUAGAUUUAGCAAAUAAAAAUAUUGCUGGGGGCAUAAACCUGAAAA